AUGUACUUAGACAAAACUUUGGAGUACUUAAGGCGAUUCUCGGAGACCGAGGUCAGACACAUAACUCAGGAUCUUAACAGCAGAGCAGACGCCCUCUCCAAGUUAGCAGGUACAAAGCCAGGAGGAAAUAACAGAAGCUUGAUCCAAGAAAUUCUCCAAGAGCCCCCCGUCAUGAAAAUAGAGGCUAAGCAAGAUGUCUUAGAGGUAUCCGGCUUGGACCUCAGGUGGAUGACCCCAUUAAUUGAAUACAUAAAAUUCGACAUCCUACCCAAGGAGGAAAAAGAAGCCAAGAAAAUACGGAAAGAAGCACAAAGUUACAUAUUGGUGAAAAAUAUCCUCUAUAAAAGAGGAAUAUCCACACCAUUGCCGAAGUGCGUCCCAACCUCAAAGACAACAGAAGUUCUGGAAGAGGUACACAAUGGCAUUUGCGAAAACAAUCUCGGAGCAAGGUCUCUAACCAGAAAAGUUAUCCGAGCCAGGUUUUACUGGCUAACCUUGCAAAAGGAUGCUACCGACUUCGUAAGAAAAUGUCAGCCAUGCCAACUUUCAUGUCGCUCCCCCCGAAGAGCUCAUCAGCAUAACUUCUCCAUGGCCUUUUGCGAAAUGGGGAUUGGACCUACUCGGACCCUUUCCCCAAGUGCCUGA